AUGUUCCUAACUCGUUCUGAAUAUGACCGUGGAGUCAAUACCUUCAGCCCUGAAGGAAGGCUUUUCCAAGUGGAAUAUGCUAUAGAAGCUAUUAAGCUGGGAUCGACUGCUAUUGGCAUCGGUACUUCCGAAGGUGUCGUGUUAGCAGUUGAGAAGAGAAUUACAUCUCCUUUGAUGGAACCAACAACUAUUGAGAAAAUAGUGGAAGUAGACCGUCAUGUUGCGUGUGCUGUGUCAGGAUUGAUGGCGGAUUCCAGAACAUUGAUAGAAAGAGCUCGUGUUGAGUGUCAGAACCACUGGUUUGUUUACAACGAGCGUAUGAGUGUCGAGUCUUGUGCUCAAGCUGUCUCCAACCUCGCUAUACAGUUUGGUGACUCCGAUGAUGAUAGUCGUACAGCAAUGUCUAGACCAUUCGGUGUGGCUGUUAUGUUUGCAGGUAUUGAUGAGAAGGGUCCUCAAUUGUUCCACAUGGACCCGAGCGGUACAUUUGUACAAUAUGAUGCUAAGGCUAUUGGCUCCGGCAGUGAGGGCGCUCAGCAGAGUUUGAAGGAAGUAUACCACAAGUCGAUGACAUUGAAGGAAGCUAUCAAGUCGGCUUUGACCAUUCUGAAGCAAGUUAUGGAGGAAAAGUUGUCGGAGAAUAAUGUUGAAGUCGUUACAAUGACACCUGACUCGUUGUUCCAUAUGUUCACUAGAGAACAACUAGCGGAGUUGAUAGCAGCAAUCCCGGAGCUUCAAUGGAGUGAAACUAGUUCCAGGAACACACUACAAGACCUGUCCAAACUGACGCUCGGCAAACAGACCGUGUGA